AUGUCCCAAUUUCUGGGUGGUAAAUCCAAGCCGAUUCUUAUUCAUCUAUCGAAAGAGCUGGAAAUGAAGAAAGGAUUGAAAUGGUUCAUCAGUGUGAAAGCGAGAUUUGUCAAACCCAAAGUGGGCGGUGAAGAUCUAUACAGUGAACCGCAUUUCCGCAGUCUGUGUACUACAACGGUUAAUGUUCACGAUAUGGAGAAACAACUACACGAAGCUUGCAGUAAAAUUCUGGAUUCAUUGGCGAUAUACCAAAAAGAAGGAAGUGGUUGGAUCCUGGAUGAAAUACUUCAUUUAGACCUCAACAUGGCGAAAUACACCCCACUCAAAGGUUCCAGUUAUAUUCCUCUACCGAGAAAGUUGAAGACUAAGAAAGCCAUUAUUAACGUCAAGAACACGGAUAAUAAAUGUUUUAUGUGGUCAAUUCUCGCUGGUAUUCACCCAGCACAACGGGACGCAGAGAGACUACAUUAUUAUCAGCAGUUCAAGGAUGGACUUAACUUUGAUGAUAUUGAAUUCCCUGUCACAAUUGAUAAGAUUGGAAAAUUUGAACGUCAAAAUAACAUUUCAGUGAAUGUGUUUGGUUUCGAAGAUGUGCUUUUUCCCAUUUAUAUCACAAAGGAACAUUUUGAAAUCCAUGUGAACUUGUUACUAUACUCUGAGGGAACAACUAGACAUUACUGCCUUAUUAAAGACCUCAAUAAAUUACACUAUGAUCAAAAUGGUCGUAAAUGUCGAAUGUAUUACUGCCGUUACUGUCUGCAUGGAUUUAUCCGAGAAGACCUUCUACAAGAGCAUGAGCCUCACUGUUGUCAACAUGGAGCCCAGCGAAUUGAAUUACCGAAUGAAGAUAAUGCUUCACUCUAUUUCAAAGAUUACCACAAACAGCUCAAGGUACCAUUUGUUAUUUAUGCUGAUUUUGAAAGCGUUACAGCCAAGAUUGACUCAGUUUCCCCAAAUCCAACUAAAUCAUCUACCGAGAAAUACCAACACCACCAACCUUGUGGAUUUUCGUAUGUUGUCGUGUCAGAGGCAGAAAAAAUAUAA